GUGGUGAUGGUGGUGGUGAUCGUGGAGUGGUCUGGUGUGAGGCUGUCAGUGAGGCAAGGUGUGUAUCCAGUCUGUCCUCCGCCUUACCACACCCUUUCUGCUCCCUCGUGAUGGCCCACUGACUCAGCUCGCUUUCCAAAGGGCCUGGAGAUAAAACCGCAGCCGCCUGUCCCCCUGUAGAAGCUGUGUGGUGUUGGUAGUGAGUGAGGAUAGCCACGCCCGGCCCACCUCGGCGUGUGGCAGUGUGGUGUGGCUGUGGUGUGUACGUAGUAAGGAGGAACCCGACCAUCGACUUUUUUGGGACUUUCGUGAGUGUGGCGCCGCCGUGUAGCGAGAGAGAGGCAUGACAGCCAUGGAGAUUGAACAAGGUGUUGGACAUGCAUCUGAAGGAAAGCAACGUUACUCUGGGCGAUACCUGCCUGCUGAAUCCCAGCGACUUGGCUUCUGGUCCCAAGGCAACCCAGCAGCCGCCUAACAACACCGCUGAUAACAACGCCAACCCUAACACUGAGGACAGCAAGCAGGAGCAGGACGUGACCGCAGCAGUCCUCGCCAUUGCCAACAAGAAUAACAACAACAAUACCGCCAAGAGUUUCAAUAUCCCGACCUGCAAGACCCCGCAGUCCCACCUCAUUAUUAAUACUGUGAAUGGCGGCGUUCUCAUUGACUUGAACCAUGGCAUGACCACCUCGCUCUCCUUCUCCUCCCUGCCAGAUCUCUCAGAAAACGGGAGUUGUAGCAGUGACCGGUUGCAUCAUCCUUCCAUCUCCUCGGGCGUCCAGCGUCCCACUCGCCUUCCCUUGUCUUCUUCCCUCGGCUCUCUCUCGUCCAUUGACAACGAUGAGUCAGAUCUAGAGUCGUUCAGUUCACUGGAGGUAGACGUGACUCGCGGCCCAGACACUCCAGACCCUCGUGCUGUAAAAGACAGAAAUUUGCUAGACUUUGAGGCUCUUGGUUCGUUGUGGCAGAAGCCGAAUUGGAAGACUGCAGACUGUGACCCUUUCCUGCGUCCCACCAACGACCUCAGCCCUCACGCCCACGGCCUCUGCACCAACAAUGUGAAUGAGCUGAGGGAGUGCGGAGCCUUUGUGAAGAGUUUUUAUGAUAAACCCAAACUGCGGUUAGAGAGUGAGACGGUGUUGGCCAAUGAUCCUGGAGAUGACAAUGGCAACCUGAGGUGGUGUGCGGCCAGCAGCGGCAACAGUCCAGUGCAGGAGUUGUGUGACUCCCCCGCCGCCUCCCCGGACUACGCCUCCGAGGACGAGAACCCGUCUGACAUUGAGCAGAAGAUGGCAGAGACCAAGGUGAAGAUGAACGACGCUAUCUUGUCCAACGGAAAGGAGGAGCUGCAGCUGCACGGGAGGAAGCUGAAGCACUACAUCAAGCACCGAGAGUUGCGGGAGUCCUGUGGCGCCGCUAGUAGCGUCGUGCUGGCCAACAACAACAACAACAACAAUAACAACAGCCUCAAGCAGCAGCCAGGCACCCUGAAGCUUAGUGACACAGGCGCGGACGACGACAAUCGGUACCGCGCCGUGCCGGAGAGCCCCAUCGUGGACGCCUACGAGAAGGAGUGUCUGGACGUGCCAGAGAAGAUGGUGCGCGAGCUGGAGACGCACACCAAAGAAGGCGGCGGCAGUGCCGACGACUUCAUCCCCUGCAAGAAAGAAAAGAUGGAGAUCAACGAACUUCACAAAAAGUGUCGCAGUGUGGAAGGCGCUGGAGACGGCGCCGCCAACCCGCAGCCCCAGCCUACACCUUCCCAAUGCCCAAUCAGGAGGGUGGACGCUGGCGCUAAUAAAGAAAACUCUGCUCCAAACGUCACUGAUGUUGCAGACAAACCCCGCGGGCCGCGUGUCAGUUACUGCGGCGUGGAGGCGGCGGCCCUGCGGCGAGACAGCCCCCAGCGGAGACGAGACCGAGUGGCACACAGGAGGUCGGUACCGCAAGCUUCACCCAGUCCAGCCGCUAGGGAGAGGGCCAAGCUGGGCUCCCCUGAUGGUGGGGAGUUCGAUGUGUACACCAUGGAGGCCGCGAUGCCCAAGAUUGACUGGGACACCAUCGAGGCACAUCUUCGGGCCACCAAGGAGGAGGAGAGGAGGCGUCGCAAUGACCGGGAGGAAAUUCGUCGCAAACUUGCCAUGGGACUAGAUGAGGACCAGACCACUGACCGGCCACACCGCAAACCUUCUCUACACUCUCGACUCCAGAGUGGCAUGAACCUGCAGAUCUGCUUUAUGAAUGAGACUGCAAGUGACUGUGAGAGUCAGUGCUCAGACACAGAGAGCACACAGGACAGAGAGGUAGACUCGGAGCAAGUAUCUACCACCUCUGCAAACAGCAAGUGUUCUACGCCUCACAGUGGCAGGAACAGUUCCUCUCAAUCUGAAGCUGACUUACGAGAGGAAAACUUCUUUGCUCGUCAGGCACAGCUACAGCAGGAAGCUCGCUUGGCAUUGGCCCAGGCGAAGGAAAUGGCUCGGAUGCAGAUGGAGAUUGAAAAGCAAAGCAGGAAGAAAAGUCCCAUAGCUGAAGUUGUGAGAGCAAGUUUUAACAAGAUUGGCGUUCCAUUCCCGGAUAGCAAGAGGAGGAUCAGCCGCCAGAUCUUGACAGACAUGAACGUGGCACAGCUACAAGUUAUUGUCAAUGAUCUUCACACACAGAUUGAAAGUUUGAAUGAAGACCUUGUUACAUUCCUUAUGGAGAGAGAUGACCUCCACAUGGAGCAGGACUCUAUGCUGGUAGACAUUGAGGAUCUGACUAAACACAUAGGUGCAAAGGAGCUAAGUCUGCGAGGAGACAGCAAGGGCGGUAGUAUCAAGAGUCUGACUGUCCUCACACCACCCUCAAAAACCAAGACUAAUUCCAUGAGGCUAAAGGAAGUUCAAAGAAGUGAUCCACCAGCCAGAUGUAUUGAUCGCCGCUGACAGACAAUGCUGGAACAUGCAGAGUGUUCAGUAUGCUUUCAGUUUUCUUUUGUGGGAGAGAGAGAGAGAGAGAGAGAUUAUGUCAAUACUCAGUUUAGAGAGAGAAUGAAUAAGUAGGUAAAUAAAUACUCAUCUGUCAUUAGUUUAUUAAUUUUUAGCAGCAAAAGAACUGUCUAACUUGAUGCUAAUUUGGUGUACGAUAGCAAGUUACCAUUUUGUGCUCUAAGUUCACAAAAAGUAUAUAAGUGUACUCACACAGAAAAUAUAAUUCCUGAUGUAUUUUGAAUUAUUAAUCAUGAGUGAUUGGUAAAAAUGAUCAUGUCCUUGGUAUCGUUUUCUUCGUCACCUUUGUAUUUGUCAAUAUUUGUAGUGAGGGAAAAGUGUUGAUACAUUUUCAAUAAUAAUAGUUUUCCUUCAGUUUUUGUAAAGCACACUGAAUAUCCUUUGUAAAUGACCUUUAAUAUGCCUUUAACUUUAGCUAUUACUCAUUUCUCGGCUAAUUAGAAAGUAAAGAGAAUUGAUUAACCUUCCGAGGCAUUAUUUUGAAGUUUUCCACUAGGAUAUUUGAAUGUAUUCAGAUUUUUUUCCUUGUAUUCACAACUUUUGCUGUCAGCGGUGUCUUUCAUAACAAUAUUUUAAGACUUUCACUGUAACAUUUUAUUAAGGUUGAGGAGAAGCCAUGACGGUUUGAGGGUAAACAAUGGAGCACAGGUUACAUUCUGUGAUAAGAAGGGUUGGUGUGUAGCAUAAGGAAGGGGCCAAAGAACAAGGAAGAUAGUGAGGCAGCAACACACAUACACACAGUACAUGUUAUCCACUGCUUAUGUAUAAACCAGUUGUCGCUGCUGAUGUUACCUUUCAUUAUAUGUGUACAUUAGUAAAAUCAGAAUGAUGGAGUCGGAGUAUUUUAUGCAGAAUUAAUGGAAGUGAAUCACUGUACCAGAUUCAUAGCAUCAGAUGAAUGGUUAAGCAACAAAAUACUGGCAGAUGUGAUGUGUUCUUGAAUCUCCUCAGUAAAGUAGCUAUGUGAACUCCAGGCCACUAUUAGUUAUCAUGCAUAGUAUAUACCAGUAAAAUGUCAUGUUACCACUUUAAUAGAAGCUAAGAAUUGUGUGUAGCUGAACUGGUAACAAGAACCAGUGUUGAUGAAUACUACUACUAGUAUGUCUAACUUGAAUUAUGACUCAUUGGUUUUUCUUUACUGUACAACCUCAUAUAUUAAAUGUAAAAGAUAUAAUAACUUUACAACUUGGUCUCCAGGUUACUGUGACUUCAAAAAUUUACAGCAUCUAGAGACUUGCAUCUGUCCAUUAAUUAUACUUUAAGAACUGCUAGAUUGUAUUACUUUAGUGGGACCUGCAGGUAACUAAAUCAUAGAGUUCAGGUUGGGUUAGGUUAGAGUAAGUUACCUCACCUAUCCUAACUUAACCUAACUUAAGUAGGUCAUAGAUAGUUCAGAUGAUUAAUCUGUGAAUCAUAGAAUUGUGUAUAUUACAUGCAGAGUUAUACAUACCUAUUUAUUUUGUUCUUUUGUAAAUAAUUUUGCAGAUGGAUAUUAUUUAUGAUGUCAAAGUACCAUGUGAGUAAGGUUCAGUGUUCUCCAUAAUUUUAUCAGCACAAAGAUGCUAUUGUUCUCAAGACAAUAUUAACUCCAGGACUGCAUUGAUCUUAUCUUGACUACUUUUAACAUGCUGUAGUGGAAGAUAGUGGGGCUUUCAAAGUUGUUUUCAUGAUUUAGUGAUAGUUUAAUAAGCUUUCUUCAUCAUCAAAGGGGAAAACACCCAUGAAAGCCCAGCUAAUCAUCUGUGUCCUUUGAAAAUAGUCCUGAUGAGAGAACAAAGCAUUUCACAAUAUGGGCCCUGGCUUCCUGGUUACUGCAAUGUAUGUGGCUUGAAGAUUGAAUAAUUUCAACAGCAGUAGACUCUUAAAGAGUUGUCCUGCAUAUAAUGAAUGAAUGUCAAGUGGUGAUAAGUUGCUUCAUCCUUGAAUUGUAGCAAACAGCUUUUCAUGCAUAUCUCUGCAUUCUGUAAAUAUAUUUGAAAUAGCGAGACAAAGUUAUCAUGUCAAAGUGAUGAAUAUUCAGUUGUCCAAAGUAGUGAUGUCACUUUAUACAAAAAAAAAAAAAAAAAAAAAGAUGUUUGUGGUAACUACCAUCAUCCAUCAUGGCCCCAGUUCUUCUUGAUUAUUGUGAAACUCCUAAAUGGAAAGCAGUUCAUUAGUUUAUAUAUUGAUUUCUGUUUGAGCUGUAGACAUGAAGUUUGAAGGACUUAGUGACAUCACUAUUUGGGGCAAGUGUACUACAUGAACACAGUGAGGCAAUCUGGGAACUCACCCCAAUGUCGGACUUCAUGCAUCUGAAGACAAUCUGACAUCUGCAAUUCCAACUUAACUGUAAUUGACCACACAUGGGAGCAAAGCUCUUGAAGAAAGCCUUUGAUGUUGUCAGUGCUUUAAUGGUGUACCUACAUUUUUUUCCUCUUGAAUACAAAGGUUGUGGAUUAUGAGCAAAUACAGUUGUACUUUUAUCUUCUGUUAUAUGUAAAUUACCUAAAUAUUUACUUAGCUCACUUAGAUGCAGAAGACAAUGCAGUAACUCCACUUACAAUUUGUUGUCUAUCCUUGUAUAUUAAUAGCUGGCCAUACCAUAUAGUUCUGACUAUAGACAGCCAUACUAGCAGUUGUUUCUGACUCACAGAGGUCCGACUUAGGGGGAUCCCACUACAGUAAGAAAGUGACGAGUGGUGUGGUGGUGCUGUUAUUGGUGAUGAGAUGUGUGUGAAGGCAUGGAGUGAGUGAGUGUAAGACAAGUAACAGGAAUCAGAGCAGAAGGGAAUGAAUGCAGUGUCACAAGAGUUCUUGUAACCUUUUCAGAAAAUUCUUGCAUGUUCAAGGGAAAGUGCGGCUGUUUCCGUCUUUAUUUUAUGUUGGUCACUAUCAUUAAGUGUUACCAAGAAGUGUGUCUUUGUACUCUUGUUUCUUUUGACAGAUGUUAUGUGUUUGAGCCCAGUCUUCCACAGAGAGUACAAGUAGUAGGUGAUGUUGCAGUGAUUAUUUAUUCACUUAUUUUUAUUAUUAUUAUCAUUAUCUUUAUAUUUUUUAAUUAUGUUCUUUAAUUACCAAAGCCUUUUAUUGCCAAUCUUGUGUGGGUGCAAGGGAGGGAUGCAGAUGGUCCUGAUCAGCCAACCAUUCUGUCUUCUGUUACAGUUGCCAUGUCUUGUCCAGUCCAGUGAGAGGCACAUGGUCUCACUCUGGUGUUGCUUCAUAGUGGGGCAGUUUCUCAAGGCCUUACUGUUCACUUACCUGUCUAUGUAGUUCCUGGUGAUAUGACAUUGCAAUACGUAUCAAUAUUAGUCAUUCAUGAUCAUUUGUCAUUGUGCUCUUUGAAUGCUGUAUUUUGUAAUUGUUGAUUAUUAUUAUUAUUAUUAUUAUUAUUAUUAUUAUUAUUAUUAUUAUUAUUAUUAUUGUUAUUCUUAUAGUCAGUGUUGCCUCCACGAUAUUAUUUUGCUAGAGGUUUGAUAAGUUACAUCCUUCAGCAGAGUAAAAUGAUGACACUUGAAGGAGAGUUUUGUUAAUUUUUGUAGGUUGCGCUGCGGGGGAAGAGUGAAUGUAUGCACUCCAUUGCAUUGUGAAGUAGCAUUUUAAUUAUUGAGUUUUGAAGGGUAGCUUUGCUUGGUCUCUGACUUUACUCCUGUGAGAAGCAGCUUCAAUGAUUUACUUAUUAUUUUUUUUUAAGAUAACAGUUAUUUUGAGUAAUGAUUGGUUUGGAGUUGGCCUCAGCAGUCCAAGGUCAAUAGAAAUUCCACUCCUGUUCAGUCCUGAGGCUUUCAUGUGUACCUUUCUUCAAUUCUUUGGUUGCAAACAAGAUUGCUGUACAUAUUUGUUCACGUAAAAGUUCGCCCCAAAA